GGGGGAGGCGGGAAAUCGGGAGUGGAGAGUGAAAAGGACCAGAGAAGAAAAUAGGGGCUGGGGGUAAAAGAAAACACCGAGAGAUUUGGAGGAAGAGAAGAACCAAACGGGCAAGGGACAAAAAUAACGCAGAAAGGGCCGGGGCCGAGGAUCAGUGGAGGAGGGGGGAACUGAAAAGGUAGGAAAGGAGAAGAGAGAGAGUAGGGUUAGAAGUGGAAGGAACACUGAGGGGGGCAGGGCCCAGGCCGUGGUACUGUGGAAGAGGUGGGGGGUGGGGAAGACGAUCGGAGACUGUACAGUGGGCGGGGGAAGGGAGAGCAGCAGAGAGAGGAGGUGAAACCGGCAAAGCAAGCGAGUUCAGCCCAGGCAAGGGGCCAACGGCUCCCGGACUCUGGUCCCGCCCUCUUCCCCGCCCCCUGGGCCUCAGCCCCGCCCCCAGCGCCUUUGCGGCCCGGGCACGGGGCGUGCGUCGGUGGGGCGGCUCCCCGCCCUGCCCCGCGGGCGCCGUGGGCGCCUAUAUAAGGGGGCGCGAAGCGGCCGGCAGAUCGCUGAGCCGGCCUGUGCCUCCCUGAGCCGUCCACGAUGAGCUACGCGCUGGAGUCGCUAGGCGCUCCGGCCGCUUACCGGCGGGUCACUGAGACCCGCGCCAGCUACAGCAGCCGCAGCGGCGGUUCACCGUCCAGCGGCUUCCGCUCUCAGUCCUGGUCCCGCGGUUCAGCCGGAGGUGGCGGCAGUCUGAGCAGCUCGGCCAUGGCUGUGUCCUACAAGCGCGCCAUCCCCCGGAGCGCCUAUGGCGGCCUGGGGUCGGCCCUGCUCAGCUCGGCCGAAAGCAGUCUAGACUUCAGCCAGUCCUCGUCGCUGCUGAACGGCACGGCCGCGGGCCCCGACUUCAAGCUGGUACGCGCCAACGAGAAGGAGCAGCUGCAGGGCCUCAACGACCGCUUCGCCGGCUACAUAGAGAAGGUGCAUUCCCUGGAGCAGCAGAACCAAGAGAUCGAAGCCGAGAUCCAAGCUCUGCGCCAGAAGCAGGCGUCCCACGCGCAGCUCGGGGACGUCUAUGAGCAGGAGCUGCGCGAGCUGCGAGCCGGCCUGGAGCAGGUGAACCACGAGAAGGCGCAGGUGCAGCUCGAGUCCGAGCAUCUGGAGGAGGACAUCCACCGCCUCAAGGAGCGCUUCGACGAGGAGGCGCGACUUCGCGACGACACGGAGGCUGCCGUGCGAGCGCUGCGCAAGGACAUCGAGGAGGCGGCGCUGGUCAGGGUGGAACUGGACAAGAAGGUGCAGUCGCUGCAGGACGAGGUGGCCUUCCUGCGCAGCAACCACGAGGAGGAGGUGGCCGACCUGCUGGCACAGAUCCAGGCGUCGCACAUCACGGUAGAGCGCAAGGACUACCUGAAGACAGACAUCACGUCGGCGCUCAAGGAGAUCCGCUCGCAGCUCGAGUGUCACUCGGACCAGAACAUGCACCAGGCCGAAGAGUGGUUCAAGUGCCGCUACGCCAAGCUCACAGAGGCCGCAGAGCAGAAUAAGGAGGCCAUCCGCUCCGCCAAGGAAGAGAUAGCCGAGUACCGGCGCCAGCUGCAGUCCAAGAGCAUCGAGUUGGAGUCAGUGCGCGGCACCAAGGAGUCCCUGGAGAGACAGCUCAGCGACAUCGAGGAGCGCCAUAAUCACGACUUGAGCAGCUACCAGGACACAAUUCACCAGUUGGAAAAUGAGCUUCGGGGAACAAAGUGGGAGAUGGCGCGUCACUUGCGGGAAUACCAGGAUCUCCUCAAUGUCAAGAUGGCCCUGGAUAUUGAGAUUGCAGCAUACAGAAAAUUGCUAGAAGGUGAAGAAACCAGAUUCAGUACAUUUUCUGGCAGCAUCACUGGCCCUCUCUACACACACAGACAGCCUUCGGUCACAAUAUCCAGUAAAAUACAGAAAACAAAAGUAGAGGCUCCCAAGCUGAAAGUGCAGCAUAAAUUUGUAGAGGAGAUCAUUGAAGAGACCAAGGUGGAGGAUGAGAAGUCAGAAAUGGAGGAUGCCUUGGCAGCAAUUGAGGCAGAACUGGCUUCUAGUGCCAUGAAAGAGGAAGAGGAAAAGGAGGAAGAAGAGGAGGCUGCUGGAGAGGAAGAAAUUGUAGCUACCCAAAAAGCUGCUGUGAAGGCUGCUGCCCCAGAAGCUGAGGAAGGUGAGGAAGAAGAGGGUGAAGGAGAAGAGGAGGAGGAAGAAGAAGAUGAGGGUGCUAAGUCAGACCAAGCAGAGGAAGGAGGAUCUGAAAAGGAAGGCUCCAGUGAGAAGGAUGAGGGUGAACAAGAAGAAGGAGAAACUGAAGCUGAAGGUGAAGAAUUAGAAGGGAAGGAGGAAAAAUCAGAAAUCAAGACAAAGGAAGAAAUCAUCAUCAAGGAGCUUGUGGUAGAAUCUACAUCAGUGAAAACUGAGAAAGCCAAGUCUCCUGCAGCCCUUUCCCCACCAGCUAAGUCACCCAUAGCUAAGUCUCCUGCAGCCCAGUCUCCCCCAGACAAGUCCCCCCCAGCCAAGUCCCCUGCAGCCCUGUCUCCCCCAGCUAAGUCCCCUACAACCAAGUCCCCUGCAGCCCUGUCUCCCCCAGCAAAAUCCCCCACAACAAAAUCCCCUGCAGCCCUAUCUCCCCCAGCAAAGUCCCCCACAACAAAAUCCCCAGUGGCUCUGUCCCCUACAGCCAAGUCUCCCAUGCCAAAGUCUCCCAUGCCAAAAUCACCAAUGCCAAAAUCUCCUGUGGAGGAAGUGAAAGCAAAAGUAGAUGAAGAUGAAAAGGAAGAAGUCACAGUGUCUGAGGGAGAGAAGGUCUCCAAAGAAGAGAAAAAGGAAGAAAGCCCAAAAGAGGUCCCUGAAAAGAAGAAAGCUGGCUCCCCUGUAAAGGAAACAGCUGCAGAGGAGGUAGACACUGUCUCCAAGUCCACUAAGGUUGGUGCUGAGAAAGAGGCUGAAGAGGAGGAGGGAGGGAGUGAGGAAGGAAGUGACCAGGGCUCAAAGGGGUCCAUGAAGGAAGACAUAGCAAUCAAUGGGGAGGUGGAGGGUAAAGAGGAGGAGGAGGAAGAACAGGAAACCAAAGAAAAAGGAAGUGGAAGAGAAGAGGAGAAAGGAGUGGUCACCAAUGGGCUUGACUUGAGCCCAGCAGAGGAAAAAAAAGAGGGGGGAGACAAGAGUGAAGAAAAAAUUGUGGUGACCAAAAAGAUAGAGAAAAUCACCAGUGAGGGUGGGGACGGGGCUACCAAAUAUAUUACCAAAUCUGUCACCGUGACCCAAAAGGUGGAAGAGCAUGAAGAAACAUUUGAGGAGAAACUAGUGUCCACAAAAAAGGUAGAGAAGGUGACCUCUCAUGCCAUAGUCAAAGAAGUCACCCAAAGUGAUUAAGAGAAUUAAGUCAGGUGCAAAAGGUUAAGCCAUAUGACAACUUCAAAAUGCAUGUGAUUGACGGCUUCAAAGCAGAACCGGUUCUCCCAUGAGGGCUCCAGACACUGUAUUUUACUUUGUGCAACAUAAGGGACCUGCAUGCAAGCUCAGGGUGUGCUCCCUUCACAGUCUUUGGGGGAUUAACAAUGCAUGAUAUGUAAUGUACCUAGGAAGUUUUUCUUUUUCCCAUUUCCUAAGCUGUUGGAAGGGGGGGACCCUCUGAGGGAUGUCUUGAGAUGUAUUAUGCAAAGAUUCAACUGAGCCAAAAAAUAUUACUAAUAAUAAUAAUGAUGAUACUGAUGAUAAUAGUAAUAAUAAUGAAACAGAACUCCUAGCCUUAAGAAAGCUAUUUAUGAAUAAUCAUGUUUACCUCACUGGUGCAAUUAAGAUGGGCUUUCAUUCAUGGGAGAACCUCUGACAUGCACAGUUUGCAACCUUUUGUGGAUUGAUGUAAAAUGUCCUAGCAGUUCUUGCUCAAUAAAGGUCAUAUUGGAAACAUG